AUGGAUUUUCUAAAAGCUUUUUGUGAUAUAUGCUGCAAUGAUGAAAAUUCAAUAGGAGAAAUGAAUUGCAAACAUAAAAUAUGUUUAGAAUGUUUCAAAAUUGCAGUUGUACCAAAAGAAAUAUGUCCUUUUUGCAAAUAAAUAGUGAAUCAAAUUUAGAUAGGAAAUAAGAUUAUAAACAUAUCAGAGUUUGAAAAGCAGAAAGAAAAGGAACUAGAUUUUGUAUAGAAUUAUAUCUGAAUUUUUAAUUAGUUUGAAGAAUCUCAUUUUGAAUUGGUGAAUGAAGAAUUUUUUGAUGAAGACAUUAGAAUAUUAAUAAACAAUUAAAAUAGAGCUAACUAAUUGAUGAUGAGAACAAUUCGAUAAACUGAUUCAUAGUUUAAUCUAAAAUGGUUUAUCUAUGAUCAAAUAUCUGAAUAGAUAAAUAAUUUAAAAUUCACAAAUAGUUUAGAAGUAUUUUAAGAAGUAUUUUGAUUAUUUGAUGAUUAGAUUAAUAAUCUCAACAUUUGUUUGAAUUUAAUUUUAUCAAAUAAUUGGGAAUAGGUUUAGUUUAAGGAUUAUAAAGAUGCUUAUUAUUUUUCAAAUAUUGAGGAUAACUAUUAAUUUAUAAUAGAAAAUAAAGUAAAGAAGAAUAAGAGAAGAAAAUAAAAACAUUGA